GCAAAAAGAUUAUUCAGCUUGGUACGAUGGGCUUGAAGGCUUUAGAGUCCCAUGCCAAGUCGUCCAAGCACAUUUCUUCUAUAAAAGGGAAAUAUCAAACUCCUUCCAUCGCCGGAGUGUUUUCUGCUAGCGUUGGCCAGCCAGCUGUUGUGCCUGAAUCAGAAGCAGAAGCAGAUAACCAGCCAACUGCUAGCACUAGCAGUGAUACAGCAGCCCCUCCAGUUACGACGACUAGAGUGGAUCUGCGCACAUCUUUUGGGUCCACACCCACUAUGAAGGCAGAGGUGUUGUGGACUCUUAAUACCAUCUCCAAACACCAGUCUUACAAUGGUAAUGACAGUAUUUCAGAGCUGUUCAAAUGCAUGUUCCCAGAUUCCGACAUCGCUACCACAUUUACUUGUGGUCCUGACAAAACGGCGUACAUAGCCAAGUUUGGUUUAGCUGUCUAUAUAAAAGAGGAACUGGUGUCCCAAGUCAACAAAUCGCCGUUCGUUCUGAUGUUCGACGAGAGUCUCAACGAGACUACGAAAAACAAACAGCUGGAUGUGCAUGUCCGCUUCUGGAACGAGGGACAGGUUCAGUCCAGAUAUCUGGGCUCCCAGUUUAUGGGACAUUCCACUGCACAAGACCUGCUGUCACAUCUCAAAGUAAGCAUAACCCUUUUUACUCUACUUUCCUUAACAAUGUUUGUUUAUGUGUUUAUGUACUUGGCAGACGCUUUUGUCCAAAGCAAAUACCGUAUUUUCCGCACUGUAAGGCGCACCGGAGUAUAAACCGCAGCAGCAAAAUUGAAUGAUGUGUACAUAUAUAAGACGCACUGGACUAUUAAGCCGCAGGUGUUUGAAUGUUUAAUUACCAUUAGGGCUGGCCCGAAUGCCAUUUUUCAGGCUUCGGAUACUCGUUGGUUUUUCCGAGCGAUUAAUCGAAUACUCGUUCCAGAAAAAAACACCACCAAAAACAACAUUAAUAAUCCCUAUAUACUCCCUGGAACCGAUUAUGACAGUAUCUGCAUAUUUUGUUGAAGAUUUAAUAGCUUUUUACCGUUAAUUAGUAGGCCUAAGUAGGUUGAAGUUCCUUAGUUUUUCCCUGUGGAAGCGAACAGCUGUUGUUCCGUUCCGAAUCAAGUGUGUGUGUGUGUGUGUGUGUGUGUGUGUGUGUGUGUGUGUGUGUGUGUGUGUGUGUGUGUGUGUGUGUGUGUGUGUGUGUGUGUGUGUGUGUGUGUGUGUGUGUGUCUAACAAUAUGUGAUGCUCACCUAGUCCUCUUAUUUUGAGUAAUGAAAUGCAGCCCUUUUUUCAGGAAUGUAUGGACAAACUGAACCUCAGGAACUUGGUGUCUAUUUCAAUGGAUGGGCCCAAUGUGAAUUGGAAACUCUUCGACCUUUUCCAGAAAGAUCAAGCUGAGCAGUACGGAGGUGAGGAGUUUAUAAUGCUAUUACUGUGUGUGUGGGUCUUCAGCUCGUUUGUGUGGGGAGCUGUGGCCUACACACGCUACACAACUCCUUCAAGUGUGGGUUCACUGUAUGGCAGCUGGACAAAUUGCUGAGAGCAAUGCACACAUUGUUUCACAAUACGCCUGCCAGGAGAGAGGAUUACAUCACCGUAACCAAGUCCAGUGUGUUCCCUCUAUCUUUCUGUGCCCAUCGUUGGGUAGAAAACCUUCCGGUUGUGGAGAGAGCCCUGGCAGUCUGGCCAUCACUUCUCCUGUACAUGGAAGCUGUGAAAACAAAGAGACUCCCGAACCCUGGAACAGCAUCAUAUGACACACUUGCAGCAGCCAUAAAGGAUCCACUCGACUUGGCCAAAUUGCAGUUCUACGCAGCAAUUGCCAGGACCUUCAAUCCCUUCCUGAAAAAAUAUCAGACGGAUGAGCCUGUGCUCCCAUUCCUCCCCAAGGACCUGACCGAGUUGAUGAUGGUAACAAUUUACUUAACGUUAUAACCCCUGAUUGGGCUCAAUUGAUCCAUUAUGACAAAAUGGGGUUUGUGGUUAGGAUGUGUAAAAAAUAGUGGCUACAUUGUGCAUCAUCAUAAGAUAAUUUGAUGUUGGUGAUUAAUGUUCCGCACCAGACAUUUUUGUGUUUGUCUGUUGACAGAGUCUACUCAGACGCUUCAUAAAAAGAGAAGUACUACACAAUAUCACUGCCCUGCAGCUGACCAAACUGGAUGUCACAGACAAGACCAUCUGGCUCAGCCCACAAGACAUCAGCAUUGGUCUAGGUGCAGAGUCAGUCCUUAAGAGAAUCAAAGGUGCAGAGCUCAGGGUGCUCGAGUUCAAGAGAGAGUGCAUGCAGGGACUGAGUAACAUGAUCAAGAAAGUGCAGGACAAGAGCCCCCUCAAGUAUCUGACUGUUAGGCAGAUGGUGUGCCUGGAUCCGUCAGUAAUGUAUAGAGAACCAGAUAGAUGCAGGAAUCACAUGAAAGGGCUGGUUCAAAGGUUUCUCCAAGACAAACAGCUUACUGAUACUUCUUCGGGGGAUGUCAUACUGCAGCAGUUUGACAGUCUCCUGUCCUUGGAGAGCCGGAGUGAGGACUUCCUCUCCUUUCAACCCAUGCAGAAGAGGCUGGACAUCUUCCUGAGCAGCGCCAUGGAGCCUUAUCCCGAGCUGUGGGCCUUCUGCAAGAAGCUGCUCAUCCUCUCCCACGGUCAAGCUACAGUUGAGCGUGGAUUCUCAAUCAAUAAAGAGGUGGAGUCUGAUAACUUGGAGGAGGAUACUGUGGUCACACGGAGACUGGUGUGUGACUUCAUCAUACAACAUGGAGGUGUUACCAAGGUUCCACUCAGUAAACCGCUACUGGAAAGUGUAGCAAGGGCAAGGACAAGGUAUCGUACCCAUCUGGAGACCAAAAGAAGGAACAGGGAGGCAAAAGAGCAGACUCUCAAGAGGAGGGAAGCAGAGGACUGUCUUGAGGAGCUGAAGGUUAAGAGGAGACGUGUACAGGAGGUAUCUGAGGGUCUGGCUAGGGAUGCGGACAGGAUGGCUGAGGAGGCUGAAGCGAAGGCAGGGAGCAAGAUGGCUGGCCUGAUCACCAGGUCAAACAUCCUGCGGAGAGGCCAUAAGGAGAAGUUGGCAGAACUGGCUCUCCUUGAUAAAGAGAUCGCUGCUAAGAGUGCAGAGCUUAGGAGUUGACUGUGAUCAUAAUUUUAUUUAUUGUUGAGUUGAUUUUCAUUGUUUAUUGUUCAGGAGUCUGUGCUGUUGGCGUAAGUACUCACCACUAUGCUGUAAUGUUCCAUCAUUCCAUAAUGCUUUACAGUCCACAUUUUCACAUUUGUUGAAAUAAAUUAACAAAUUUUGAACAAACGUUGUCGGUAGGUCUGUGAAAUAGGCCGUGAAAUAGGUAUUAAUUUUUUAUAUAAGUGGUCUUAAAAGGGACUUAAAAAGACUUGAAUUUGACUUGAACAAACCUGUAGGAACCCUGG